GACGCGGAGCCGAGCGGCCGCAGGGAGAGCGCGGCGGGGAGGGGGGGCGGGAGGGGGGUGGGGGAUCCCCGAGGCCCCGAUUCUUCUGGGAGGGCCCCGAGCCGGCGCUGGGCGGCCCGGCCCGCCGCCACUAGUCCAGACCCGCUGCGUCCCGCGCCCGGGAAGGAAGGAGCCCGCGACCGCGCCCCUGCUCGGCCUCCGCGGGCCGCGCCUGCCCCGCUCGGUACCCCUUGGAGCCGGGAGCCCCAGCGUCGCCCCCCACGUCCGCUCGCAGCGCCCGGCCUCGGCCCAGGAGCGCGCAGCCCGGGUGCUGGGGAUAGACCGGCGAGCAAGAGACCAGACCCUUGUUCCCGCUGAUCCCUCAGCCCCCCAGUGGAUGGAGCCCGCCGCCCCGAGACCUGCCAGCUCAAUGAUCUGUGUGGUGACCCCAAAAAGAAGAGGCCUGAGGUCUACAAGUUGCUUCUGAAACUGCUUUCGCCUUUCGGAAAAAGCAAUGCAACUUCCACACAAGUUUGUGAGGGUCCUGGGCGCAUGCUGAGCGCGCGCGGGCUGGCGCGCCCUUUGCUCGGGUCCUGGACCCGGGCCGCUGCCAUAGCAACGGCCUGGACGCCCAGCCCUUGAGCCUCGGCGGCCGCCGCCGCCGCCGCAGCCGCCGCCGCCGCCGCCUCCUCCGGGGACCCUUCUGCUCCCUCUAGCGAGGGCUGGGGCGGCGGCGGCCGGGACCGGGAGACCAGACCGCCCUCUCCUCUGCUUGCAGCCGCUUCCAAAGAUGCCCUUCCAGAAGCACGUCUACUACCCACUGGCCAGCGGCCUCGACGGUGCAGACGUCCCCGCGGCCGCGGCGGGCGCCGCCUCGCUGGCCAGUGCCACCGCUUCCAGCGCGGCCGCCGUGGGCCCGCUGCCCUUCUUCCAGUUCCGCCCGCGCCUGGAGACCGUGGACUGGCGGCGGCUGAGCGCCAUUGACGUGGACAAGGUGGCGGGCGCCGUGGACGUGCUCACGCUGCAGGAGAACAUCAUGAACAUCACCUUCUGCAAGCUGGAGGACGAGAAGUGCCCGCACUGCCAGUGCGGCGUGGACCCGGUGUUGCUGAAGCUCAUCCGCCUGGCGCAGCUCACCAUCGAGUACCUGAUGCACUCGCAGGACUUCCUGACGGCGCAGCUGCGCCAGCUGGAGGAGCGGUUGCGCCUGAGCCUGGCCGACGGCGAGCAGAGCAAGCAGCUCCUCUCCAAGCAGGCCGGGGACAUCAAAUCCCUCAAGGAAGAGUGUAAGCGCCGGAAAAAGAUGAUUUCUACCCAGCAGCUGAUGAUUGAGGCCAAAACCAGCUAUUACCAGUGCCAUUUCUGUGACAAGGCCUUUAUGAACCAAGCCUUUCUACAGAGCCAUAUUCAGCGCCGCCACCCUGAAGAUCCUCACCUUGGGUAUAAGAAAAGGGAGCAGACAGACAGGCUCCAAAACGAGGUGGACAUGCUGAAGGAGCAGCUGCAACUGACCAGGACCCAGCUGGAGGCUGCCCAGCACGCGCAUGCAGUCAGGUUCUCCAAGGAAUAUGAAUUGCAAAAAGCAAAAGAUCAGGAAUUUUUGAAGCUAUUUGAUCAAUGGAAAGAAGAAGAAAAGGAGAAACUAGUGGAUGAAAUGGAAAAAGUCAAGGAAAUGUUUAUGAAGGAGUUUAAAGAAUUAACUUCCAAGAAUUCAGCAUUAGAAUUUCAAUUGUCAGAAAUCCAGAAGUCCAAUAUGCAGAUCAAGUCCAACAUAGGCACGUUAAAAGAUGCACACGACUUUAAAGAGGAGCGCCCCCAGCACCCCCAGGACUUCCAGAAUGUCAUGCAGCUGCUGGACAACCAGGAAAGCAAGUGGAAUGCCCGAGUUCAAGCUCUCCACCAAGAGCACAAGAAGGAGAAGAGCCGGCUCCUGUCUCACAUAGAGAAGCUGCGAACCUCCAUGAUCGACAACCUCAAUGCCAGCAACGUUUUCUACAAGAAGCGGAUUGAGGAGCUGGGGCAGCGGCUGCAGGAGCAGAACGAGCUCAUCGUGUCCCAGCGGCACCAGAUUAAGGAGUUCUCCAGUAAGCCGUUCAGCAGUGGCACCGAAUUCAAAGGGACUCCUUUAAGCUGGCAGCCCUUUGAACCGAAGCUAACUGCCCCGGCUAUACCCAUGCCCGGCCCGGCCCCACCGACUGUGGACAUGAAGCCAAGUCUGACCGUGGCACAUGAGCAGACAUUCUCAUCACACAUACUGGAACCAAUAGAAGAACUUUCAGAAGAAGAAAAAGGAAGGGAAAAUGAGCAGAAGUUAAGUAACAAUAAGAUGCAUUUAAGAAAAGCUCUGAAGAACAACCCCACCCUCACCAAGGAAAUAAGAACAGUGCUGGAGCAGAGCUUGGUGGAGAAAUUGGAGUCCUUGGGAAUUAAUGCGGGUGUCCGAGGCAUCCCGACCGAUCACUUGAACAGAGUGUUGAGGGCCGUGGAGUCGGCGCGGCUGGAGAGAGAAAGGCAGAUCCCUAACAUCCAGCACAUCCGGGAAGUCCUGGAGCAUCAGGUCAGCUGUAAAAUUGAGGAGAGAGCCUCGCUGUCUUCCGAAAGGCAAUGGAGACACGUGAGUGACACCGCUGCGGCCAUCCAUGGGUGUGAGAAGCACAGUGUCUCCCAGACGGACACUGCAUCCACAGGAGAGAUCCCUAAGGCGGCACCGCUAGCGCCCAAGAACAGACCGCUGCUUAGACAGAGGCCAGUGUUCACAGAUCGGACGGCCAUUCCAAAAGUUCCUAAGAAAACGAGCACAGAAGAUCUUAUUCCCAGGAAGUCUUCAACCUUGACGACCCCUCCCUUCAGCUCCGAGGAGGACCUGGACGGUGAUGACGACUUCAUCCAGGCUUACGUGUCCCCGGUGACCGUGACGGUGCAGCCCGCCAAUUCCACCACCAGCAACCACUUUGGAAAAAACGUGGUGAAGAGUGACACUGACUGGACUGAGGGCAGCGAGAUGGAGGAUUCGGACCUUUCCCCCAAACCCAUGGGAACUUCCAUUAAGAUACAAACCGAAAGUGUUGAGAAGAUGCCUUCUAAUCACCGGAAUUUGAACAAGCCCGCUGGUGGGGUUGGCAUUGCCGAGAUGUUCAUCAGGAAAGAAGUGAAAGAAGAUCUCAAGUGUGCAGACGUGGAGGAUGACGACUGGGACAUAUCGUCUCUAGAGGAAGAUAAGUCUCUGGGGCAGAGACCGGGGAAAGAUCCUGUGGAAUCUCGACUUCUCAAGAGUGACCCAAAUCCCAUGCAAGUGCCAAGUGCCUGGGGCCCACCAAACCCCAAAGUUGCCAAGGAAGAAGGACUUCUAGGGGAAUCCAAGAGCAGCUUAGUCACUGUGACUGACUGGAGCGACUCCUCCGACGUGUGACCGUGACCCCAGCUCUGGGCCAGCCAGGCCA